GCACGGCGCGGCCAUGGGGAAGGUGCAGCUGUUCGAGAUCCGCCUGGGCGAGAGCCGCGUCGUCUACGGCCCCGGCGAGCCGCUGGCCGGCACCGUCACCGUGCGCCUCUCGGGCUCGCUGCAGUACCGAGCCAUCAAGGUGAGCUGUGUUGGAUCCUGUGGGGUGUCUAACAAGAUCAAUGACACAGCAUGGACCGUGGAGGAGCAGUACUUUAACAGCACGCUGUCUCUGGCAGACAAAGGGGUCCUGACAGCUGGAGAGCACAACUUCCCCUUCCAGUUCCUGCUGCCAGCCUCUGCUCCUACAUCAUUUGAAGGCCCUUUUGGCAAGGUCCUCCAUCAGGUGAAAGCUGUGAUAGACACACCUCGCUUCUCCAAGGACUACAAGUGCAACAAGAUCUUCUAUGUUCUCUGCCCUCUCAACUUGAACGACAUCCCUGACAUCGAGCAGCCCAACACUAUGUCAAUCACCAAGAAGUUCAACUACAAGCUUGUGAAAAGUGGCAACAUUAUCUUGACUGCCACCUCGGAUCUGAAAGGGUACGUCGUGGGGCAAGCAAUCCAGCUCCGCACGGACAUAGAGAACAAAUCGGGCCGGGACACCGGGGCCGUGGUAGCCAGUCUGCUCCAGAAAGUGGCUUAUAAAUCCAAGCGCUGGAUUUAUGACCUGAGGACCAUCGCAGAGGUGGAAGGCUCAGGAGUGAAAGCCUGGAAACAUGCAGAAUGGAGGGAGCAGAUCCUCGUUCCGGCACUGCCCCAGUCCAUUCUGCAGGGCUGUAGCCUCAUACAUAUUGACUACUACAUCCAAGUUUCCCUCAAGUCACCGGAGGUUUCGGUCACUCUCCCCAUUUAUAUUGGUAACAUUGCUGUGAACAGGGUGCCUCUGAGCCCCUCCCGGUCCAUCCAGCACAUACCAUCUGCAGUGGUACCCAGUGCCCCCCCGGAGGAAGAGGAGGCUGCCAGCGGUUAUCACCCGAUGGACAAUGUCUCAAUCCCCACCAAAAGCCAUUCCCAGCAGCAGCCAUUUAGCUACGCCCCAGGACUGAGCUUCCAAGAGAUAAGGGUGGACUCGGAGCAGACGGGCUCCCCAAACCAUCCCACGCUCUGCCUGUCGACAGGAGCCACUGUCCCUUACUACGCUGAGGGGAACGUGGUGCCCGUCCCCACGGCCAGCUCUCUCAUUUUGCCUCCGGAGUACAGCACGUGGGGCUACCCAUACGAGGCGCCUCCAUCCUAUGAGCAGAGCUGCAGCAGUGCCAACUCCAGCAUCAGCAACGGCAACUAGCCUCCCCUGCUUCGAGUCCCGCUGGUGCUGCCCACCCCCAGGCGCCACGGUUCACCUGCCUACUGCAAAGUCUGGUACAGCACAAGGCGUCUUUUUAUCUCUCUGGCUGCUUGGUGGGGUAAAUGGCACAUCCCGG